UAUUCAUUUAUUAAGGCACGAUUGUAUUCAAUAUGCAUAAAUACACGUCUGUAUAUAAAUAUGCCUUCCCAAUAUACUGCAUCUACUAUGUUGAUCUGGUUGUGCACACAUGUUUGUUUGUGCUCUCUGAUUUACAUAACAUGAUGUUUUUGCAGCUUUCUAACUUUUCUUUGCUGUCGGUAUGUUUUUGUGCUGAUGUUGUCACGUUCCCACCUGCCCGUGUUGUGACGGGUAUCUGGGUAUCACUCAUUUCAAUUCAGUCAUCUCAUUUAUGUUCUAAAUAAACUUGGUAAAGGUAAAUUUCAUAUAUAAUGUAAAUAUUUGAAUGGAUUUAUUUAAUUUAUUCGGACAAUAUAGGCCUAAAAUUAUCAUAUUGAUGUCAAAAUACAUGAUUUCUGGAUCAUAAAGCGGUAUGGAAACUCCUGAAGAUGCCCUUGUCACCUGUUUACCUGCCUCCCUCCAACGUCUUGUGUUCUUCCGCCUCACCUUUGGAUCUGUAUCCCGUCCCUGUGCGCUGGCGGAUGGAUACAUUCUCCAACCUUUGGAGACUUGGAACUGUGAAAACACCGAAAAUAACAGCAGAUUUUCCACAAUGUUGCUGCAGCAAAGGAUGAAACCCUGGUACAGGUUUUGACGAAUGUGAUGGAAAGCGAAAAACCAACAGCAGAGAGAGAGACGCCGCCUCAGCACUGGAGAAGUUGCAAGUUGAUUAUUGACCCUGCACUGACAAAAGGACUGUACAAAGUGUACCGCUAUGACGGACAACAUUUCAACAUACCCGUUGAGGACUUACCGGUAGGUCUGUUUCCUGUGGGGACAGUCAGAGAUCCGCGCAUCUGCCGCCUGUGGAGCAAAAGCAACAAGACUGACCUUGUGGUCACUAAAUUUAAGGUUGAUGAGUGGUACGUUGGUCCCGUUCCUCCCAAAGAAGUGACGUUUUCCAGGUUGAACGACAAUGUAAGGGAGGCCUUCUUGACUAGCAUGUGCAAAAAAUAUGGGAACAUUGAGAGUGUGGAAAUAUUUUACAACCCCAAAAACAAGAAGCAUUUAGGGAUCGCAAAAGUCGUCUUCGAUACAGUGAAGGCCGCAAGAGACGCCGUCGAGCAUCUCCAUCAGACGUCAGUGAUGGGAAACAUAAUCCACGUGGAGAUCGAUCCUAAAGGCGAAAACAGGGCGCGAUACGUCCAGCUCCUCUUGCGUGGCGUUUACACUCCAUCGACGUUGCCAGUGGGCAGCAGUGAGCGAGCUCUUCAAAGCCUAAUCGACAGUUUGCUGGGCAGCGCAGCCACACAUCAAUUGACGAGUGUCUCCAGCCCCACCAGCAUCUCCACCCCCCUCUCUCUGGACACAGCCUACUCCAGUAUUUGGCAGGAUACGCCCUGCAGCUUUGGGCUUACACCAUGUUCUCAGGGAACCCCCCGCACUCCUUGCUUCUCCGCGACUCCUCUCUCCCAGGACUCUUGCUACUCCAGUCUUCAGGCAACUCCAGUCCUCCAGGGGGAGCCCUCUGCUUAUAGUGUUCACAAACCUUUAAGGCGAGAGCUUUGCCAUCGUAAGCCCGCCAGGCAUCACAGGGGAUCAGGCGAAGUCUCAGAUGUCAGCUUAUUUUUGAAACAUGGCCAACCGCACUCCCUGUCUAACCAAUUACAAUCUAGCAGUCAGCAGCUUUCAUUGUGGGACCACAAUGCACCAUCUUCUACUCAAGGUAAUACAGAAGCUUCCUUUAACCUCGCCUCCUCCUGUCAGGAGUCCAGAGACGAGUCCAUCUCUGAUGCUUUACACCCGAACUGCAACACUUUCAGCAUCCUGAGCAUUAAUUUCACAGCUGACCAGCCGACGGCAGCAUCAUCCCCAUCGGAUAACCACGCACGCGUAACAGAGUUACCUCCACCUGCUGCAGAGAGUCUGGACUCCCGCAUUGAAAGUUUGCUGAUAAACAGCCAGAAUGCUGAUUCCUCUUACUUCAGUAGAGAGACUUUGGAGGCUGAUGUGAGCUCUCAGGACAGCCCGACCUCGCCCUUAGCUAAUACCUCCCCUCGCUCUGAUGACCAGCCUGUCUGCACUUUGGUCUCUUGUACAUCCCUCACAGCCGGUCUCCAGAGCUCCUACAACGAUCCGCCAGAUGUUAGUCCAACGUGGCGCAUUGAAAAUGAAGAGGAUGAAACUACUCGAGCUGUUUCGUUUCUUACAAGGAGCUGCCAGUCUCCUGCUUCGUCUGAUUUCACACAUUUUGAAAGGAGGACUCACUCAGACAACGAAAUGGAUGCAGAAGCGUUCCAGUCGUUAUCUUGUCCGAAGGAGUCUCAUGAAUUAAAUGAGGAUAAGAAUCCCUCAGCCAACAGACCGUCUGGAUCUUUGGCACUCAAGAAAGAGAUUUCCUCUGUUCCUCAGCCUCCGUCCUUUUCGUCUCUCAAUGGCACCGCAACCUCUCAAACUCCUCCUGCCAUUCGGCCUCCAUACUCCCAUCCACCAGUCACCCCUUUCCCUUUCCCCCCUCCUCCCUUUCCCCCACCUCUUCCUCCUGUCCCGCCUCGCCUGCCAAAUGGCACCAUCCCCAUCCCACCUCCGGGCUGGAUCCCACGUCCAGUACGUCACGCUGGCAUCCCCAUUCCUCCUCCGCCGAUUCCACCACGUCCUCCUCCUUCUGUUCCUCCACCUCCACCUUUUCUUGGACCCCCUCCACCUUUGUUGGUGCCGCCUUCAGCUCCACCUCCAGUGUACCCCUUAACCACGCAGCCUGCAGGCCCUUUGGAUAAGGUGAAUCCUCCAAGGCACAGCAGCGGGUCUUUACCUUUCCCUCGACCACCCUGGCCCGCUCCACCUUUUCCCAGGUUUAACCCCUUUGUGCCGCCACCAGACUAUCCACCUGUGAGGGAAAACCCACACAAAGUCACAGUGGAAAAAGUUUUAGAUAUCUUCAUGGAUGAGCUGAGGUUAAUCAUUAAGAAGGACAUUACGCGCAGAAUUAUUGAAGGGGUCGCGUUCAAGGUGUUUGAGGACUGGUGGGACUGUCAAGAGACGAAAACAAAGAUACAAGUUUCUCCUUUGAAAAGUGGAGCAACAGGUGUGGAGGACAGGAGCAAACUAAUAAAUCGCCUCAGUCACAUCAGCGGUCAGGGCAGAAAACCUCCGCUGCCGUCGUUCAAGGUAAAAAGGAAAAGUGACAGUGAUCCCGUGGCAUCAGAGGAGAGAGAAAAUGUGCCAUGCUCCACUCAUGAAACUUCUGUUUCAGAUGCGAAAAAGGGUGAUGACGUGUGCAGAACUGAGAAAGCCAAACGCAGACAUGCAAGACCGCAUGAGCUUGACAGUGAUGACGAUGACGAUGAUGAAGGGAAAGAAGAAGAAAACAGACUUCAGGAUGAAGAAAAAAUGUCAGACAAAGUGGAUGAUCUUGUGCCAGUUGAGGAUGGUCUUCGAAUUCUGUGUGACAGAGAUGAUGACGAUGAUGAAGGUGAUACUCAUCCUGAGGAAGAAAAGGAGUUGGCACAAAAACGGCCAAUGGAUGAAGAUUUCCAAACUAGUGAUGGGGUGCAGUGCUUGGAUAGCGAGACUGUUUCAGAGAGCAGCUACUCGGAGGAAAGCGAUUAUUCAUCAGACUCCUGCUCCUCGGACUCGUGUGCCUCUGAGAGCUUUGAGGACUCGUCCUGCUCUGACCUCAGUCCUGAGGACGACGACAUGGAGGAGGAGGAGGAGGAGGAUGACGACGAUGACGGGAGUGGCGAGUGUGUAGUCAUAUCGUCAGAUGAAGAGUCGAUGGAACUUGAGUGCCCCGUCACCCCCUCAGCGCCUCUAACCCCCGGUGCUCGGCUGGAAUUGGGCCUGCCAGACUGGCCUGCUCCUUUUCACAAUGAGGAACCCGAGGAGAACCAGUACACAUCCUGUCAACAAGACGCCUGUGACUUGGAUGCCAUCAUGGAGCUCCAGACCAGUGAACACCAGGACCAUCUACGGCUCCUGUCACCUACAGGACAUCCAGCGGCGGAGCCACACCUUGACACUGAGAUAGAGAGCCCUGAAUGGACUGAGGAGUCUCUGGAGAACAUAGGAAACCUGAGACCUCUCACUCCUACUGGCUGCUUGGUGGACAGCGACCCCGACCUUCCGAUAAGGAGAAAACCGGCAUCUCCAGAUGUGGAGGAGGUGGAACGACCACAAACGCCAGGCAAGGGGAUAGUGGCUGAACUGGAAGGUCAGGACUCUGCUGAUGAAGUCCUGUCUCUCUCUCCUGCAAGAACUGAGCUCAUUAUAGCUCCCUCUGAUCCCCCGGCGUCAUCGUACCAAGAUAUGCCCAGAACUCCUGGUCGGGAGGAUAGAAGUGAAUGGACUCAGUACAGCACUUGGAGACCUCCAGUGACACCAGGCAGAGAGGCAGCCAUGACAGAAAGUAGCGUAACGAUGUUCCCAGCUCUUGGUAGCCCACUUUCUGUGCCAUGCCUGUCUAACAAUCCAUACAUCACAGCUCCAAAGACUCCCGGGAGGGACAUCAUCGUACCGCGGAGAGACAUAGUCCACAGGAGGAAAACACAAAUGGUGACCACCUCACAGCCGCUAUUAUAUGAUUCUCUCAGUGGUUCUCCUGUCUCAGUGUCCUCCCCAUGCAGCCUGUCUGAGUCUUCGUCUGGCUCUGCUGAUGGCAGGGGCACCUGGAUCAGUUCAGGGGUGAGAAUGAAGCCCCUGCAGGGACUGGAGAAUAUGCCAGGGCUUCUGGAUGAGGACAACAGGAGAGAGACAGAGAAAUCCCUACUGAGGAGAAAACGGCUGAGGAGGCUAAAGAGGAGAUGGAGAAUGCAUCAACGGCAAUGGACGCUUAAAAGAAAUGCUCACAGACGGCGUUCUGUCUGUGAGGAGAGGAGGAUACUUCACAGGGUCUGGAAGGAGGGCCUGGACGAGGAAGAUGCAAGGCUGCUGCGGUGCACGUAUGACGGGCUGCAAGAGCGGGACAGUGGCUUUGGGUGGAUCAGUGACACCCUGUGGACGUCUCAUCCUCUGACUAAAGUCCUCCAAGAGAAGAGUGACGAACACAAAUCCUGGCAGCCUCACCACAGGACCGGCUCUGCUCGCAGCGAAGGUUUCUACAAAAUCAGCCAGAAAGAUAAGCUGAAGUACCUCAAACACACAAAGCUGACAGCAGAGCUUCCAUCUACAAGUACUCAGCAGGGGAGGUGCUUCCCAGCCCAGCAGCCGACUUCGCUGCGAUCUGGAUCUGACUUCAGGUCCGAACAGCGUCGCCUGCUGUCCUCUUUCAGCUGUGACAGUGACCUGGUCAAGUUUAACCAGCUGAAGUUCCGCAAGAAGAGGAUUCGUUUCAGCCGCAGUCACAUCCAUGAGUGGGGCUUGUUCGCCAUGGAGCCCAUAGCAGCAGAUGAGAUGGUGAUUGAGUAUGUGGGUCAAAUCAUCAGACAGGUCAUUGCUGAUAUGAGGGAGCGGAGAUAUGAGGAUGAGGGCAUAGGAAGCAGCUAUUUGUUCCGGGUUGAUCAGGACACCAUCAUCGAUGCGACUAAAUGUGGGAACUUAGCCCGAUUUAUCAACCACAGCUGCAAUCCCAACUGCUACGCAAAGAUCAUCACUGUGGAGUCUCAGAAGAAGAUAGUGAUAUACUCCCGGCAGCCGAUAAGCAUCAACGAAGAGAUCACCUACGACUACAAGUUUCCCAUUGAGGAAAUAAAGAUUCCCUGCUUGUGUGGAGCAGAAGGCUGCCGUGGCUCCUUGAACUGAUCUCUGACGAACUGUCCUCAUUAUGUCAAGAGCCAAAGUUGUUGUGAGGUACUUGGAAUAUUAACGCAGACCCUGAAGGUGUGUCAGAAAAACCCAUUUAAUGUACAGUGAGUAACAGUCCGGAGGCCAUACAGGAGCUCAUAAAAGCACUGCAGAUGAGUGGCGGUGCUGCUCAGUGAAUAAUGAUUUAAUAAAAUGGACCCAAC